CCCCUUCACACAAUGAAACAACAUAUACAAAUUUAACUACACACACUGACAUUGUGCGUGUGCGAUGAUACUUAAAAUCGACGCAUCAACAUGUCAUACAGUUUCUAUGAGCCUCUAGACGCAUUGCGGAAGCAGAUCCGACUGCUAUCUAUCCAUUCCAGCGAGGAUGAAUCGUCCACCAUCUCCUGCACCCUCCAACUCGCAUCGCUUGAAGACCAGCCUAAUUUCAACGCUCUGUCGUACGUUUGGGGUGAUCCAAACCUCACGCAGGAGAUUGUUGUCGAGUGCGAAGUCUUCAAAGCAACUACCAAUCUCGUCUCAGCCUUGCGCCAUAUCCGUGGAAUCUUGCACCAGAUCUCCAACAAUGAAGACUCUACGUCCGGCACGCACAAAGCGGCUUCCAGCCAAAGUCUCGCACUGUUUCCAAGGUCCACUCCCAACGUAUUCUGGAUUGAUGCCAUCUGUAUCAACCAGGACGAUAUGACCGAGCGAUCAAGUCAAGUUCAGCUCAUGGGGCAGUUGUUUAGAUCAGCUCGUUUAGCCCUCGGCUGGCUCGGCGCCGAUGAUGAAAGAAACCUGGGACAAGCCGUGAGUGACCUCCAGGAGGUUUCAAAUCAGUGGCAGGUUCCUGGAAACAGCCUUGACGAAAUCUGUGGGUACAUAGAAACUCAUACUGCGGCUGAUGUCUUCCAAGGUCUUGACCCAUUUUCGCGAUUCUGGCAGACUCUUGACCAUGAUGAGCAGCUUAUCCACCCUUUGUGGGCAAGUGUCUUCAAGAUAUUCGACCUUGGAUACUGGAAACGGGUAUGGAUACAACAGGAGAUUAUCAUGGCAAAGAACCUUGUGUUCUUGCUUGGCUACCGCAGCAUUAGCUGGGAAAGCAUAUCUCGAUUUUGGUCACAGAUCUGGUUCUGUACCCUAAGGGGAUUGAUACCUCCCGACAUCCCUUCUGAACUGUGGCGAUUUCUACUAGAUGACUGUGGGUGGGCCUCCUCCCAAGUGUUCCUCUUUGCCAUGAAAAAAGCCGAAAUGGCAAGAAACGGGCCAGAUAUCUUACUGGACCUCAGAGCCUGCCGGGCGGGGGCAACAGACCCUCGAGACCAUGUAUUUGGCACCCUAGGCUUCCAGCCCGUGUCGAUGAAUGUGGAUUACAACGCUUCUGUAAGAGACGUAUUCGUUCAGUUCUGGGAGAAAUGUCUAAAAACGCAACAAAAAGACCGGACCUUUCGCAGUGUUUUUCGAAAUGCAGGUAGUGGAAUUGCUGGCCGUAAUCUAUCUCCACAUGACCUGCCGUCAUGGGUUGAAGAUUUUUCUCGAACCUGUAUUACAGCUCAAGGGAUAUUAGCAAACGCUUCCAAUGGUCUUUUCCCCAGUGUUGGCAAUGAGAUCGAUAUAACCCCAUCAGGUAUCCUGAAAAUAUCCGGCAUCAUGGUCGAUACUGUUGAAGACGUUCGGAUUCCUGUAGUUGAUUCUUCGAGCCAGCACCCGAGCAAAGAGACCAUGUAUGUCGAGUUUGCUAUGUACAUUAUGGAAGCUGCUCGUUAUUAUAGAGGGCAUACCUUCGAUAGAGACGUUCCUGCGCUAGAAGCAAUCCUUCGAGUCGUUUUGGAUGACGAAGGUCCUCCACUUGAUGGGGAAUCGACCAGGUUGAAUCUUGGUUCGUUGCUAACAUCCCAUAUUGUUGUAAUCUCCAUAUAUCAACUCUGCGUCGGUCCCACAAACUCUGACAUUGAGGAGAGAUUCGGGGUUCUUCAUGUUGAUCCGGGUCCCAACUUCAUUACUACGCUCAACACAGCAUUUCCCUCAAUGACUGAUACAAUUCCCGCCACUUGGCAUGCCGGUAUGACGGCCUUGGAGGUUGUGAGGGAUAUGGAAGGUACCAGUUUAGGCGCCUGCACGAAUUGGACAGCACACCGUCUUAACCAGAAGGGAAUUAGUGGCUACCGCUUCUUCCACACCAAGAAUAAUCGACUCGGAAUGGGACCACCCGGGAUGCGAUCGGGGGACUUGAUUUAUGUCUGGCCUGUCUCGGUGGAUCUAUGCAUUGUUCGCACCCUUGAAAAUGGUUCAAAGGUCUAUGUUGGCCCUGCCUUUGUCUUAGGCUUGAGCCAUGGAGAGGCUGCGGAACUGGUGACAAGCGGAGAUUAUCCUGUGGAAAAGCUGGAAAUUCAUUAACGUAUCUCGGAUAGUUUCCUUGGUUUCUUUUCAGGCAGGGUAACAUGGUACAGAGGGUUGACAUGCGGGCAGGCGCUGUGCUAGUAUUGUAUGCCGACAACAGUGCAUAUGUGAGGUUCUAUCGCGAUUUGAGAAUGUUUACUGGCUACAGUAUAUUCUCAAAUAACUACUCUAGAUAAAGAAGACACAUGGUGCUAGCAGGUAGCUAGCCCGAUGUGCCAACCGUCUGUAGUUUAGAUAAUGACUUUCCUU